GAAGUAUUCAAGAUAUGGGCAUACCAUGGAUGAAUAUAGAGAGAGACAGUCUCCCUGCCCUCAGGACCACAGAGGCCUGCCCAAGCUGGAAGAAGCAAUUGCAAAGGAAGUCCUUCUCAGCCCCAGUACCCAAGAUGGAGUAUGCUCAGUUGCUCUGUGGGGAUGAUAUAUUGGGGGAGGAGGCGAGAUGAGAAUUACUUCAUGAAGUGUCAUUUCUUUAAUUGCUGCUGUGACAGUUUGCAGCGGCCACGUCAAAGAGACCACCACAAAGACAAGAGAAAUCAGGAGGAAGCGCCAAUUAGCAGGAUGCUGACACUUUGCCUCCUAAGAAGAGUGGUCUUCUUGGUUCCUUUAAUUUUUGUAGUUGUGCUGCUCACCAUGGAGCCCAUUAAAGCCAGUGAAGAAGCAGGAACAACAAUCCCAGCUGAAAGUCGCCCCUGUGUUGACUGCCAUGCAUUUGAAUUCAUGCAGAGGGCCUUGCAGGAUUUAAAGAAGACUGUGUAUAAUCUAGACACACGGACAGAAACACUGCUUCUUCAAGUGGAAAAGAGAACUCUGUGUGACUGUGUAACUGCAGACACACUGAACUGAACACUGGAGAACAGCCAAAGAGUGUCACCGGUUCAGCUGUUUUUUAAAACGCUGCUGUAUCUAAUACGGACAGCUGUGUGGACUUCGGAGUACAUACAGCAGGCAUGUAAGCCCCAGUGUAGUGAAGAAAGCAGGCGGGGAGUUUCUGUAUGAGAUGGUGGGGUGGAAUGGUCUGUCUUAAGCUUGUUUUCUCCAGUAUGAAGGUGCUACUAUGGUGACUUGAAUGAUUGAUCAUAUCGAGACAGAGCAUUGCAUCCUGCAAUCUGUACUCUCUGCAGGCUCUAUCUCCAUAUUAAAGGUAAUGGUAGCUGCAAUCCAUUCUGUUUGUUUAUAAUGUAAAUUUGGACCAGAUUCAGCCAAUUUGUAACUCUGUGGAUUUCAGUGGUGCUACACCUGCUUAUAUCUGGACUGAAUUUGGCCAUAGACAGGACUCCUGGGAAGCUAUCAACUUGGUUGGAGAAA